AAUCCCUGCGCGCAUCUGACGAGUCAUUCCCGUCCAGACACCGGAGAGCUCGCGGGUCCCGAAUGGCAGUCGCGGCACUGAGAGAGAGAUAGGGAAUCCCCGAGGGUCACCGCAACGAUACCGACCCGGUUCAUCCACGGUGCCGGAUUCAGUGGACCUUUCAUCGGCAUGGCACGGAGGCGCGUUUGAUGCGCUCUUCGGACCGGACCGUCAGUGCUGCGCAACGCUCGCAGCAAUAAAGACUAUCCCAUCAAGGACUUUUGUUUUCAACCCAUGAGGCACGAGCGAGUUUGACAGUAUGGCACUGAGCAGCACGCUUUUGCCCUCGAUAUCCAGCUUUGCGAGCGGCUCUGAUGUGAAGCACAAAGCCAUGAUGGGACCUGGAACCAGUUUAAGAUGGGAGGAGAUGUCUCAAUUGAAACGCCCCUGCAUGCCUACAGGUGGGACCUGCACUGACCCGGACGUCCCCUUAGCGAUGGCCAAGAUGGAGACGGAGGAGCUGGAUCUGUUGGACUAUGACUUCAUCCUGUCAAACAGCAUGCUGCAGCAGCAACAACAACAACAGGCCUCCAUGGCCAGCAGCUCCAGAACUCUUCCCCCCUCCCCUACGUCCUACACCUACCAGAUGCCCUCUCCUCAGGGCCCAGAGACCAAUAUGCUGUACAACAUCCCGGAUAUCAGCGACGUAUCUCCCUCUGGAGGUUUCGUCGCUGAACUGAUGAGACCGGAGCUGGACCCUGCGUACCUCCAGCACACGAGCCUCCACGGCAAAUUUGUGGUGAAGACCACCAUGGACAUGACAGACUAUAGCCAAGUGGUUAGCGUUAGUAUGGCAGACUCCGUCUCGGACACUUCCUCCACUUUUGCUUGGAUAAAGCAGGAACGUCUCAGCCCCUGCACCAUUGGCCAGCCCAUGGACAUCCACCUGGGGGUGAACUCACGGUCCGGAGGGAGUCAGAGACCCCUGCUGGACACUCAUGUUUUCCCACCGGGGCGAGGAGCCAUAGGGCCCAGCCGCUCUUCCACUUCCUCUCGGUCUCUGGACGAGCAUCCUCAGGCGCUAGGACUCCCUCCACGGCCCCUGGCACAGGGAUACCACCCCUCCCCGGGUUAUUCCGGCUUUCCGCAGCCUCCUGCACAGUCCCUGCAGUACCAAGAGCCGAUUUCUCCAGCCGAGUGUUUGCCAGAAGAGUCCAAGCCCAAGCGGGGUCGACGGACCUGGCCGAGGAAGCGGAUAGCCACACACACAUGCGAUUACGCAGGCUGUGGCAAAACCUACACCAAGAGCUCGCACCUCAAAGCCCACCACAGAACCCACACAGGAGAAAAGCCGUAUCACUGUGACUGGGAGGGAUGUGGCUGGAAAUUUGCCCGUUCCGACGAGCUCACGAGGCACUACAGGAAGCACACGGGGCAUCGGCCCUUUCAGUGCCAGAAAUGCGACAGAGCCUUCUCGCGGUCCGACCACCUCGCACUGCACAUGAAACGGCACCUAUAACCAAAACUGGAAGAGCCAAACGAGAAGAUACUAGUGGACUAGUGACCCAAGCGUUGCCUUCGAACAAGAGCGCCUGUGCCGUCCACAGCUUCAGGGUUGGGACCUUUCCGUUUUUUCUUUUUACCUUUUUUUCGUCACGUUGUCUUCCAACGUGCCGGUGAUCCAAGAGGCCAUGUCCAUGUCCUGCACACUGGGAUGUUACUGGAACGUGCAUCUACUUACCGACAAGACUUGGUGAUGCCGAGUGCCAAACUAAAGACUGGAAAUAUAUGAAUAUCAGGGAUAUAUGGAACAAUUACGAGAACGUAUUAAAACAGAACAACCGUGGCCUUUAAUCGACCUACAUUCCAUCACUCACCUCUCAAACACUGAUCCAUCUCAAGUCAUUUAGGUACAGAGACAUUUAGAAGUGCGGAGUAUAGUCAGGUGUAUUCAGUAAGGUACCAAAGAUACAAGUGGAUUUAAUAAAAGCCUGUAAGUCUUUGUGGUUGUAAACCUCACACGGGACGGGGCGACCACAUGACCUCUCUUUGGUGAUGGCAAUCUAAACUGCACUGUGGUUGCAAGGUGCAAUAAUUUUGUACAACACUCAUAUUUUUAUAUAAGACACAAAAUAACUCUGAACAAAGUUGUUUUUUGUUUAUAGUCAGAUUCAUGUAAUAUAAUCGUUUGUACAUUUGUAAAUACGUUUUGCAUUGAGGUUUUUGUAUUUUACGUAUGAACGCAGUCCAAUAUGUACAAUCAUGUAAAUGUGAGAUGAUUUGUUAUUUUAAUGAGCACACAAGCGUUCGGUUCGGUCCACAGACCCGGACGGGAGUUCUCCGUGGGAUCGUCCGAAGGGUUUACACCAACAUCCGUUAAACGGUCCAAUCUCUAAUGGGAAGUUUGAAGCCGCCGUGCAUUUAUAGAAGUGUAUAUACGGCUUCUAAAUGUACAUUUGAGGUAUGAAAGUGUGAUUUGUGCUGUGGAACCAAACGCCCCAGUAAUGUUGACCACAGACCUCAUUUCACACAUGACACAAAACCUCCCAUAAACCCCCGAUGCACCAUCCCGAGGGGUCCCAUGGAGAAGUCUCGUCAGGGUUCGGCUAUAAAUGGACAUCACGGCUGAUCAGCUCCACUGAAUGACUUUCUAACAGUUGUUCUUGUGUUUUAAAACAUGUCUGAACGUUUGCAUGGAUUACGGCGCAUUCAAACACAAUCAGGUUUUUCUUGCCUUCCUGUUUCAUUGUUAAGCAGCAGCUUGUAAUUAUUAGAAACGCUUCAUUCCUCUUAUGUCUCAAUUUUACUUUCAUUAAAUGCAAUUGUGCAUCAGCAUUUUUAUCUAAAAACCUGCCUGAUUAAAAACAACUGUUCAUUGGUAUAUCACAGUUUGAGAUUUUGGACAACUGUCCCAGAGUACAGUUAAGAAAUUAAGAAUAUAUAAUUUCAUCAAUGCCUCACUUUGGGAAUAAUCGUAUAUGAAUUACUUCAAUAACUGGCAGCUGUAUCACAGCAAACACAAAUGAGACAAUAUAGUUAAUAGCUAA